AUGGCGACGGUGUCGCCGACGACCACCACGACGUCGUUUCUCUCGCCGACACAGAGGUACGCCGCCGCCGCAUUGUUCGGAUUAUCCCUUCAUGAAUCCCAAGUCAAUCAGACUCGGAUUCUACCCUUACCAGCUUCAGAUGACUCCAUCUCCAACACCAACCGAAUCAGUAGCAGUAGCUCUAGCAGUGCUGAUUCUGUUUCCGAUGAUCCCGAUCUUUGGGUUCACCAUCGUUCCGGUUUACUUCAACCAGUUUUCAAAUUUCUAGAUAUUGAUUCUUCCGCGUGGUAUGGAAUAGAGGAAACCGCUGGUUCUUCUUCUGCUACUCAUCAUGUUGGACCAUUUAUGAGACUGCUUUCCCAAGAAUUUGAUGAGGGUUCUGCGGAAUCUUCUCAAAGGCUAGACCAAGAGCUUGCAUUGUCAAAAGCUGUUGAUUCUAUAGUACUUGAGUUGGAAAAGAGUUUGCAGACUUCCAAUUCUAAAAGAGAGAGGCUUAAUGAGUACGAGCAUCAGUGUCGCGAAAAGUUUCCGGCUCCUGAUGUUCAUUCUAAUUCUGAAAAGAUUGAUGUAAACUUUGAAACUCAGAAUGAGACUGAUGAUGCCCCUUUAAUCAACUUUGAAGACAUGGACCAGGGGUCUAGUAAUAGUAAAAUUGAUGAGAAACCAAUUGAAGAAGUGACGAUGCUUAGUGAUCAGAGGAAAGUGGCGGUUCUCUAUGAACUUUUAUCUGCUUGUCUGGCGAAUUUGGGUGAAGAUGACAAAGAAUGUAAACGGAAGAGAAAGGGUUAUGAUGCUCGUCAUCGCGUAGCUUUGCGGAUGUUGGCAACAUGGCUUGAUGUCAAGUGGAUAAAAAUGGAGGCCAUUGAGACCAUGGUUGCUUGUUCUGCAAUGGCUAUCAUUAAAGAGCAAGAAUCAAAUCAAGACGAAACUCAAGAAAAAAGAAGCAAGUGGGCAAAAUGGAAGCGCGGUGGUAUUAUUGGUGCUGCUGCAAUUACUGGGGGAACCUUGUUGGCUAUUACUGGUGGGUUAGCUGCACCAGCAAUUGCUGCGGGCUUUGGAGCUUUAGCUCCAACUUUGGGUACACUGAUCCCUGUAAUUGGAGCCAGUGGAUUUGCUGCAGCUGCCGGUGCUGCAGGAACUGUUGCCGGUUCUGUUGCCGUUGCUGCAUCAUUUGGAGCUGCUGGUGCUGGACUUACGGGAAGCAAAAUGGCUAGGAGAGUAGGGGGUGUUGAUGAGUUUGAUUUCAUAUCCAUCGGAGAAAACCAUAACCAAGGCAGGCUAGGCGUCGAGAUCUUGAUAUCCGGAUUUGUCUUUGAGAAGGAAGAUUUUAUAAGGCCAUGGGAAGGACUGAAUGACAAUUUGGAAAGGUAUUCACUUCAAUGGGAGUCAAAAAAACUGAUUGCUGUGAGCACCGCGAUUCAGGAUUGGCUUACUUCAAGACUUGCAAUGCAGCUGAUGAAGCAAGGGGCAAUGAUGACCGUUUUGAGCGCCCUUGUAACUGCUCUGGCUUGGCCAGCUGUAUUACUUGCAGCAACUGAUUUCAUUGACAGUAAAUGGACAUUAGCUAUUAACAGAUCAAACAAAGCAGGAAAGUUGCUUGCCGAAGUAUUAUUAAAAGGAUUACAGGGAAAUAGGCCUGUGACACUUGUUGGUUACUCUCUUGGGGCCAGAGCUAUUUUCAAAUGCCUACAGUGUUUGGCUAAAACAGAAAAUGGAGCUGAACUAGUAGAAAGAGUUGUACUUCUUGGAGCACCCGUCUCAAUCAAGGAUGAGAACUGGGAAGCUGCUAGAAAGAUGGUAGCAGGAAGGUUUGUGAAUGCUUAUUCAAGGAAUGACUGGAUGCUUGGAGUUGCUUUCCGUGCCAGUCUACUUACAAAAGGAUUAGCUGGAAUCGAACCAGUUGAUAUUCCUGGGAUCCAAAAUGUUGAUGUCACAGAUCACAUUGAAGGCCAUUCAUCUUAUCUGUGGGCUACACAACAGAUCCUAGACCAACUUCAGUUGGAUACAUGUUUUCCGGUUUAUAACGGUGUUUCUUGCAUGCAGUCUGGAGCAGAGCCAGAAAUUUGGACGGAGAGAGGGCAAGACCAAAAAGUGUAG